AUGAUUCAAUUCCUUACCCUUUUCGCCACCAUUGUCCGUUAUAUUACUCCAGCUUGCCCAGUCUAUGCACCAUUCUUCGGUGCUAUGGGUGUCACUGCUGCCCUCGUCUUCACAGUUAUGGGUGCUGCUUACGGUACUGCCAAGUCAGCCGUCGGUAUUUCAAAUAUGGGUGUCAUGAAGCCAGAUCUCGUCAUCAGAGCUUUCAUUCCAGUCAUUUUCGCUGGUGUCAUUGCUAUUUACGGUUUGAUUAUUUGUGUCAUUAUCAUUGGUAAACUUAAGCCAAACAAGAACUACACCCUCUUCAAGUCAUUCACUGAUCUCGGUGCUGGUUUGACUGUCGGUCUCUGUGGUCUUGCUGCCGGUAUGGCUAUUGGUAUUGUUGGUGACUCUGGUGUCCGUGCUUUCGGUCAACAAGCCAAGUUGUACGUUAUUAUGAUGCUUAUUCUCAUUUUCUCUGAAGCUUUGGGUCUUUACGGUUUGAUCGUCGGUAUUCUUUUGACCUCCGUCGAUGACGAGUACUGCCCAGGUACCAACUUAGUACCAAACGUAUAA